AUGUCAUUGCGAGUGUCGAUCGAAAAGGUUUUCAAGAAGACGCCAGGGCUCGAGAAAAUAGAGAUCAUGAGCCCACUAGGCCUGGGAGGUGAACCCGCGCAGGGUGUCCUUCCGGCCGACUUACCCCCCGAGCUGCUGUCAAAAUUGGCCAACAAUGCUCGCGCGCUGAGACAUCACCAGCUUCAGACUCAGAUGCGCGUACAGGCAGUAUCGGAUUUCGUGCGCUAUGUCCGCUGGAUUCCCGAACUAGAUCCUCUCUCAACGCCUCCGGUGCCUCGCCUUGACGGAUACGGCUUUCGCAUCUUCGACGACUUCGACCGCAUGCGAAAGGAGAUUUUUCAACAUGAUUCGGAGUGCUGCCUCUCGCGCAUGGCCGCCGGCUACGCUCGGGACUGGGUGACUAAGCUAGACAAGAAGACCAAGCUACCCCGGGGUGAGUUCGGCAUCGACAUCGGCGAGACGCGGCUCAGAUGGAACAUCCAGGGCUACGACCUAAACUAUGCCGGCGUCAUCAUCGGUCUCGACCUGCGAUACGACCCGCAGACACGACGCCUCCACAUCGAUGGCAAGUCGUAUUUUGAAAAGAGGGGCAGGCAGAACAACAAUACCCUUGGCAAGGCCUAUUCGGACGGUGACCUGCUGCGAUAUAUCACGCAGGAGGCACUGAGCAGAAAAGGAUGA